AAGGGCAUACCAAAUAAGUAUAUAAGCGCGUACCUGAUCCACAUAAGACAGUUCCAGAAAGAACUUCAAAGUGAUCAAAAUGAAAGCAAUCUUAUUCCUCGUCUUGGUAGCCGCAGUUGCGAUUAAUUCGCUCUACGUCAGUGACGAUAUUUGCGGAGAAAAUGCCAGAAGAGUAGAUUGUGCAUCCCCCUGCGGACCAACCUGCCAAAAUCCUCAACCACACACUGGACCAUGCAUUACUUCGUGCAAGCUUUGCGUUUGUAACGAAGGUUACCUUGAGGACACAGUUACGAAGAAGUGCGUGGAAGCUUCAAAAUGCCCACCGAGUUCCUAAGAUGCAAUUUGUAAAAUGUCAAACGCAUAAUAUGUAAAUGUCGCAAGUAAAAGUGAUUUUUGCAUCAAA